AUGGCGCGGACCCCGGGCCUGGCCCCACCGUGUCCUGGAGGCGGCAAAGCACAACUUUAUUCCACUUCUCCCCCUGGGGCCGGGCUCCUGCUGCCGCCCCCGCCGCCGCCGCCGCCGCCGCCGCUGCUGCUGCUGCUCUUCCCGUUGCUGCUCUUCUCCCGGCUCUGUGGUGCCUUAGCUGGACCAAUUAUUGUGGAGCCACAUGUCACAGCAGUAUGGGGAAAGAAUGUUUCAUUGAAGUGUUUAAUUGAAGUAAAUGAAACCAUAACACAAAUUUCAUGGGAGAAGAUACAUGGCAAAAGUUCACAGACUGUUGCAGUUCAUCAUCCUCAAUAUGGAUUUUCUGUUCAAGGAGAAUAUCAAGGAAGAGUCUCAUUUAAAAACUAUUCACUUCAUGAUGCAACAGUCACUCUACAUAACAUAGGAUUCUCUGAUUCUGGAAAAUACAUAUGCAAAGCUGUUACAUUCCCACUCGGAAAUGCCCAGUCUUCUACAACUAUAACUGUGUUAGUUGAACCCACUGUGAGCCUGAUAAAAGGGCCAGAUUCUUUAAUUGAUGGAGGAAAUGAAACAGUAGCGGCCAUUUGUAUCGCAGCCACUGGAAAACCAGUUGCACAUAUUGACUGGGAAGGUGAUCUUGGUGAAAUGGAAUCCACUACAACUUCUUUUCCAAAUGAAACAGCAACGAUUGUCAGCCAAUACAAGCUGUUUCCAACCAGAUUUGCUAGAGGAAGGCGAAUUACUUGUGUUGUAAAACAUCCAGCCUUGGAAAAGGAUAUCCGAUACUCUUUCAUAUUAGAUAUACAGUAUGCUCCUGAAGUUUCAGUAACAGGAUAUGAUGGAAAUUGGUUUGUAGGAAGAAAAGGUGUUAAUCUCAAGUGUAAUGCUGAUGCGAAUCCACCACCCUUCAAAUCUGUGUGGAGCAGGUUGGAUGGACAGUGGCCUGAUGGUUUAUUGGCUUCAGACAAUACCCUUCAUUUUGUCCAUCCACUGACUUUCAAUUAUUCUGGUGUUUAUGUCUGUAAAGUAACCAAUUCCCUUGGUCAAAGAAGUGAUCAAAAGGUCAUCUACAUUUCAGAUCCUCCUACUACUACCACCCUUCAGCCUACAAUUCAGUGGCAUCCCUCAACUGCUGACAUCGAGGAUCUAGCAACAGAACCUAAAAAAUUGCCCUUCCCAUUGUCAACUUUGGCAACAAUUAAGGAUGAUACAAUUGGCACGAUCAUUGCUAGUGUAGUGGGUGGGGCUCUCUUCAUAGUACUUGUAAGUGUUUUGGCUGGAAUAUUCUGCUAUAGGAGAAGACGGACGUUUCGUGGAGACUACUUUGCCAAGAACUACAUUCCACCAUCAGAUAUGCAAAAAGAAUCACAAAUAGAUGUACUUCAACAGGACGAGCUUGAUUCUUACCCAGACAGUGUAAAAAAAGAAAACAAAAAUCCAGUGAACAAUCUAAUACGUAAAGACUAUUUGGAAGAACCUGAAAAAACCCAGUGGAACAAUGUAGAAAAUCUCAAUAGGUUUGAAAGACCAAUGGAUUAUUACGAAGAUCUAAAAAUGGGAAUGAAGUUCGUCAGUGAUGAACAUUAUGACGAAAAUGAAGAUGACUUAGUUUCACAUGUAGAUGGUUCCGUAAUUUCCAGGAGGGAGUGGUAUGUUUAGCAACCACUAAAUGUGACUUAACUAUGUACAAUGUUUCAUUCAUACUAGGUGAUCAUUUUCAGAUUGUUCAUACUUUUUCUUGAGGAAGAAUAAGCUUUUUUCAAGUUGAUUUUCAAGCUUACUUUUUAUAUUCUAAUCUGAAAAAUGAAAAUGUAAAAUCUGGGUUCAAUGUAUCUGAGCUGCUUUACAAUUUUUUUCAAUGUUGUACUACUGUCUCAAGAUUUAAAUUUUAAUGCAGAGUACUUUAUUGGUCUGAGGCACACAGGUAAGAAGAAAUGUCAGUGUUAAAUGUAUGACUUUUUUGGUACAAAAAUUAAAAAAAAAAAAGGAAACUACCUUGGUAUUGUGUAUUAAAUGUUUACCUAAGACUUAAGUCUCAAGUAUGUUUGUUAAACAUAUACCUCUCAAAAUUUAUCACCACUAAACUAUACUGCAUCAAAAUUGACUAUAAAACUAAUUCAAGAAAUGUUUAUAUAUAUUUUUAGUAUAAAAAAAAAUAUUUAGCCUAACGGAACAUCUUUCCUUUUCAAACAUUAUUUUCUAAGUUUCUAUACAAAUGGAGCCUUUACCUCUGCAUUUUAAUGAGCCUUGCCAUAAUUGCUGUAGAGUGGCUUUUCAAAGAUAUUUUGUUGCACUAAAAUUGUGGUAGUAAACUCAGUGAACAUGAUAUGUGGAAGAGCAUAAUUAUCUGGUCAGUAUUUUUGUCUAAAAUACAUAUGAGAGUAAUAAAAUACAUGCCUUUUAAACAUGACAAUUAUUACAAUUUUUUCAUGUCUGGAAGACAAUUCUUAUGUUGUCAUGUAAACAUGGAUUUUGGUACAUUAGCGGUAGCCUUAUUUUAAUGCAUUAUGUCCUAAAUAUACGAAUAGUUAUGAAAAGAUGGUACACAAAUAUAGUGCAGAGAGGGCAUUUUCAGUAUAUUGGAGUACCAGUUUUAGAAAUGAGACUUUCAGCCAAGAAUCUAAAGAAAGAAUUUCAUAGUCCAUCUUGUUUUGGUCAUUUAAUGUUGAUGUUGUUAAAACGGGUAAAUGUACAGAAAAAAAUUUAGAAUAAACUUGGAAACUUGAGAUUUAACUAGAAAAACCUGAAUUAUAGAACCAAUUGGUAGCAUUUGCUGAUUGAUGUUGGCAGUCCAUUCCCUUUUCCCUCCUAAAUGUAUGUAUGUGUUUCAAGAUUUUUGUUUUACCAAUUAAAACUGGAA